GCUCUUAUCAAGCCAGGGUGUAAAGAGUCACCACUCUUGUUCUCUCUCCCAGGGCCCAGUGGCAUCUGGAACAUGCUGAUCCUCAUAAUUCUUAUUCUCAAGAAGUAUUAAUGACUUAAUCCCUCAGCUUGCUCCUGCCUCUGUGUGGCCUUCUCAGGGAGAUUUACAGACAAGAUCCAGAGAAGUCCAGAUUGACGCAGGGCACAUUGAAUUCCAUUUGCUGGGAAACGGCCCUGGGAAGGCCUGAGCUUGAACCCAUCCUUGGGAGCAGCUGGAGGAAGUCCCAGCCAUGGGUGAGGUGACAGCCGAGGAGGUAGAGAAGUUCCUGGACUCAAACAUUGGCUUUGCCAAACAAUACUAUAAUUUUCACUACCGGGGGAGAGUCAUCUCAGACCUCCUUGGGGCCAAGGAGGCAGCUGUGGACUUCAGCCACUACCACACUGUGAAUAGCGUGGAGGAGAGCGAAAUCAUCUUUGACCUGCUGCGGGACUUUCAGGAGAAUUUGCAGGCUGAGAAAUGCACGUUCAAUGUCAUGAAGAAGCUCUGCUUCCUCCUGCGGGCUGACCGCAUGAGCCUGUUCAUGUACAGGACCCGCAAUGGCAUUGCAGAGCUAGCCACCAGGCUCUUCAACGUCCACAAGGAUGCUGUCCUGGAGGACUGCUUGGUAAUGCCUGACUCCGAGAUCGUCUUCCCUCUGGACAUGGGUGUCGUGGGCCAUGUCGCCCACUCCAAAAAGAUUGCCAAUGUCCCCAACACAGAAGAGGAUGAGCAUUUCUGUGACUUUGUGGACGGCCUCACCGAGUAUCAGACCAAGAGCAUCCUGGCUUCCCCCAUCAUGAAUGGGAAGGAUGUGGUAGCCAUCAUCAUGGCUGUGAACAAAGUGGACGAACCCCACUUCACCAAGAGAGACGAAGAGAUUCUUCUCAAGUACCUCAAUUUCGUGAAUCUGAUCAUGAAGGUAUUCCAUCUGAGUUACCUGCACAACUGUGAGACUCGGCGUGGCCAGAUAUUGCUGUGGUCUGGGAGCAAGGUCUUCGAAGAGCUCACGGACAUAGAGAGACAGUUCCACAAAGCCCUGUACACGGUCCGAGCUUUCCUCAACUGUGACAGAUACUCCGUGGGCCUCUUAGACAUGACCAAACAGAAGGAAUUUUUUGACGUGUGGCCAGUUCUGAUGGGCGAGGCUCCAGCCUAUUCAGGUCCCAGGACUCCAGAUGGAAGGGAAAUUAACUUUUACAAGGUCAUCGACUACAUCCUGCACGGCAAAGAAGACAUCAAAGUAAUCCCGAACCCGCCUGCUGACCACUGGGCUCUCGUAAGUGGCCUCCCCACUUACGUGGCCCAAAACGGUCUGAUCUGCAAUAUAAUGAAUGCUCCUGCAGAGGACUUUUUUGCGUUCCAGAAAGAGCCCCUGGACGAGUCUGGAUGGAUGAUUAAAAACGUGCUGUCCAUGCCAAUCGUCAACAAGAAGGAAGAGAUCGUUGGCGUGGCCACGUUUUACAACCGCAAAGAUGGGAAGCCCUUUGACGACAUGGACGAGACCCUCAUGGAGUCUUUGACUCAGUUCCUGGGCUGGUCAGUCUUGAACCCUGACACUUACGAGUCCAUGAACAGACUUGAAAACAGGAAGGAUAUCUUCCAGGACAUCGUAAAAUACCACGUGAAGUGCGAUAACGAGGAAAUCCAGAAGAUCUUGAAAACCAGAGAGGUGUAUGGGAAAGAGCCGUGGGAAUGUGAGGAGGAGGAGCUGGCUGAGAUCCUGCAAGGAGAGCUUCCAGAUGCGGAGAAAUAUGAAAUCAACAAGUUUCACUUCAGCGACCUGCCCCUCACGGAGCUUGAGCUGGUGAAGUGCGGCAUACAGAUGUACUACGAGCUCCGAGUGGUGGACAAGUUCCACAUCCCGCAAGAGGCCCUGGUGCGCUUCAUGUACUCACUGAGCAAGGGCUACCGGAGGAUCACUUACCACAACUGGCGUCACGGCUUCAACGUGGGGCAGACCAUGUUCUCCUUGCUGGUGACAGGAAAGCUGAAGCGGUACUUCACCGAUCUGGAGGCCUUGGCCAUGGUCACUGCUGCCUUCUGUCAUGACAUCGACCACAGAGGCACAAACAACCUCUACCAGAUGAAAUCACAGAACCCACUGGCCAAGCUCCAUGGGUCCUCCAUCUUGGAAAGGCAUCAUUUGGAGUUUGGCAAAACAUUGCUGAGAGAAGAGAGCUUGAAUAUCUUUCAGAACCUGAAUCGCCGGCAACAUGAACACGCAAUCCACAUGAUGGACAUUGCAAUCAUUGCCACAGACCUGGCCUUGUAUUUCAAGAAAAGGACAAUGUUCCAGAAGAUUGUGGACCAGUCAAAGACAUAUGAGAGUACUCAGGAGUGGACCCAGUACAUGAUGCUGGAGCAGACGCGGAAGGAAAUUGUUAUGGCCAUGAUGAUGACCGCCUGUGACCUCUCAGCCAUCACCAAGCCCUGGGAGGUGCAAAGCAAGGUAGCUCUGCUGGUGGCUGCUGAAUUCUGGGAGCAAGGUGACCUGGAGCGCACCGUGUUGCAGCAGAAUCCCAUUCCCAUGAUGGACAGAAACAAGGCAGACGAGCUCCCCAAGCUUCAAGUUGGCUUCAUUGACUUCGUGUGCACCUUUGUCUAUAAGGAAUUCUCCCGUUUUCACGAGGAGAUCACACCCAUGCUGGACGGGAUAACCAACAACCGCAAGGAAUGGAAGGCGCUGGCUGAUGAGUAUGAGGCCAAGAUGAAGGCGCUGGAGGAGGAGAAGCAGAAGCAGCAGGCAGCCAAGCAAGCCGCUUCCGGGACCCAGCCGGGAGGAAACCCCAGCCCAGGGGGCGCACCGGCAUCCAAGUCCUGUUGCAUCCAGUAGCUGAGGGCAUUGCUGGCAGGUGGCAGAGCCCUCAGGAAGGAAGAGGUCCCGCAGGCCAAUGGGAAGCCCCGUGUCUUCCUGGACAGUUAAAGAAGCAGGAAUUGAGAGCUGAUGGUUGAAGAUACAGCGGGCAUCUAUAUCAUCAAGUGGUUUUAGACGUUGUUUUUGUUGCAGUGUGUAACCCUAGCUGUCCUAGAACUCGCUCUGCAGACCAGGCUGGCCUUGAACUCAUAGAGAUCUGCCUGCCUCUGCUUCCCAAGUGCUGGGAUUAAAGGCAUGCGCCACCAUGCCUGGUUUAGAGGUUGUUUUUAAUCUUGAAAUGUCUACUGAGUUUAGCCCAAUAUUCUAGACUUCAUAUACUGACUUACUUUAUUUUUUGUUCUUAUAAUGCUUAUAAUUCUUGUAAGUCCUUAUAAUUUAGUGUUUUAUUGUAAAAGUUUCUUGCUAAUUUUCAAAAGUGGAGAAUUAUACAUCAAAUACUCAUAAACUUACCCUCAGAUUUGAACAUCAAACUUUGGUCAUAUUUGUGCUUUUACAUUCAUUUUCAAUUUCUCCCCCUCUCUCUUCCUUCCUUUCUUUCUUUUUGGAUCCCACCAUGUGGCCCAGGCUUGCUUUAAAAUCUCAGGCCUCCUAUCUCUGUGUUCACUACCUCCCAUGACUUAGCUGAACUAUUUAAAGGUCAUUUCCACACAUAUCACUUCACUCUCCUACAGUCUUUGGAGGAAUUAAGCAUCUGUAAAGGUCACACACAUCUUACCGGGCAUGGCAGCACAUGCAUGUAAUCUCAGCACCAAGGAAAGAGACAGGAAGAUCAGGCGUUCAAGAGGUCCUGGUUAUACGGUAAGACUCUCUCUCAAGGGGAAAAUCAUGUGUCUUUUUUUUUUUUUUUUUUUUGGUUUUUCGAGACAGGGUUUCUCUGUGUAGCUUUGUACCUGUCCUGGAACUCACACUGUAGUCCAGGCUGGCCUCGAACUCACAGAGAUCCACCUGGCUCUGCCUCCCGAGUGCUGGGCUUAAAGGCAUGAGCCACCAUCGCCUGGCAAAAUCACGUCUUUAAAGGAACAGAGCAUUUUCUAACACAGCACCGUUGAAUGGAGAAGGUGAGCACUUCAUCCCCAGCCAUGGAGUGUAUUCUGAUGAGAUACAAAGGGAAUUGUGGGGGCUUCAGCAGACAGCUUCUUUGGGGAUGUCUUAAUGCAGGACACUGCAUUUCUCAAGAGGACCUAGGCCUGAGGUGGAAAAGCCUGGCCACACUGCCCAACAUGGGUCAACCAUGCAAGGCCAUUCUAGCUCAAGGCCCGUAGGCUCUUGCUGGUCUCACAUCACUGCUUAUACAUAGAGACCAAAUUAGAGCCUGUUUCCUGGGAAAUCCAGCUGUGUGUAAACCUUGAAUAAUUGUCCCCGCUAUGGUCACAAAACUCUUCAAGAGUCUAUUUGUGCUAGGUGUGGUGAUGCACAACUUUAAUCCCAGCACUCAGGAGGCCGAGG